CCGCCGCACCGAACCGGGCCGGACCGCGCUCCCCAGCCACCGGUUCCCGGCCCCGUUUACGGCCCAAGACGCCGGGCUACCUGCACACCCACCGGCACCGGGACGAACCGGGUGUUCCCGACCCGGUAAGGAGGCUCCGGGGGCUGAUCAGGCGUGAGUCUGCACCGGGGCGGCCGGUACCGGGAGGUGCCGACCUGGUUAGGAGGCUCCGAGGAUCGGUGUACCGGCUCUCGGCACCGGGAGAUGCCGAUCCGCUACGGCUUGCUGCCGGUACCGGGAGGUGCCCAGUCGGUGGGGGUCUCCGCUGACUGGGGGUGGCUGGUGCCGGUACCGGGAGGUGCCGAUCCGGUAGGACCCUGCGGUGACCGGGGCGGCUGAUGCCGGUACCGGAGAGUCCCCACCCGGUUGGACUCUCGGAGGACCGGUAUGUGACUGGUGCCGGUACCGGGAGGUGCUGACGGGGCAGGAGCCUCCCAGUACCGACCGUGCGUGAGUCAGCCCCGUUACCGUCACCGGGACCGGGAGGACCGGAGGAGCGGCCGUGCGUGAGUCGGCACUGCUCCCGCUUCCCGGGCAGCAGGCUGGGGGAUGCCGGUACCGGAGCCGGAGCAGCAGCCGCUGUCCGUUCCGGUACCACCGACCGCAGGGAGCUGACGCCGGGCCGGUACUGGCACCGGUGACCGGGAGGGCGAAAAGCCGCACGAUGCAUCUGCCCGGGUACGGCUGCGGCACCGUAGCUGGGAAUCCGGACUCCAGUUUUGGGACUCCCACAAAACCAGCCGUCGAUCCGGCACCCGCCACCUGCUAACGGCAGCGUUUUGGGGCCAAAACCACCUGUUUCAGGUUUUUUGUUGUUGUUGCAGAGCGGAGAGCUCUGGUCCCGACGGCCGCAGCGGGAGCCUUUGGCUGCGGUAACGCCACGGCUUCCUGGCAGGUGGCAGGAAAAAUAAACACCAUUAAAAAAAAAAAAGGACCAUCCCCAUAACCCGACGUGACCGGCCGCGGCGUCGCAGCCGUGCGGGCGAGCAGGGUGAGCCCUGGCCCCGGGGAAGGUGUUCCCCUUCCCGUUCCUCUUCCCCUUCGCCCCUGCCAGGGGGAUUUGGGAUGAAGCAGGAGCCACGGAGCACGAGAAGGGGCGAGGUGGCACCUGGGCACAUGGAGGGGGUCGGGGCUGGCUGAGAAACCCCUCCGAGCUCCGCUGUCCGGUGAUUUGUUAUUUAUUUGCUCAUUUGCUUCUGUUUCGGGAGCCGUGUAGACGGCCAGGGAUGGGAACGGGUCGGGUUUUAUUCCAGGAGCGGUGAAAUUGCCUCAUGAUCCUGAUGACAUGCCUGGUGGUGCCCGGGAGGGAGGUUUUCCUCUCCUUUGCUUUUUGGGCAGCAGGACUCUGUCCUCUUGUUUUGCCAUUAAUACUGUCCUAGGGAGUGGACAAAUGAGUUUGCUAAAGGUCAGUGCUUGGGUUUUGAGUUAAAACUAAAAAAACCCCAUGUUUUACACACCAAAAACAUCAAGUGGUUUUAUAAGGUUAAAAACAGGCAAGAGCAGAGUACGCCAGGUGAUUAAAACCAGCCCGGGGACUGUGCCCACCAUUGGGAAAUGCCCCCGUGGCCCUUCGCUUUUGAGGCUCAGCAGUUCCCGGCUCCAAAAUCAGGUGCUGAUCCCCGUCCGCGCUCGUUUGGGUGCGAUGGGGGCUCACGUAGGGCCUGAUCCUGCAGCAAAGGGCGGGCACGUAGCGCAGUGCUGCUCCUCUCCAUGCAGCUCAUCCUGCGCUGAACCCAUUACGGGAUUAAGCCCGAAGUCGCCCGGCGGUGCAGAGAUCUGCCGGGACGCGCAGCAAGAGCUGAUCUGCAGAGAUGAGGAGGGCAGUGAAUAUUGCUGGGCUUCAACCUUUCCUCCCUGGGCCUCUUCGGGGCACAAAGAUCCCGGGGAUGGCUGGAGGCUUUGCAUAAUGUUAGGAAGCGCGGCCGCUUUUCUUUUAUUUUGGAGGGAGUCCCUUUUUUGCAGAAGGUGGACGGACGCGCUCCCGGGAGGCAGCCGCCGGGGUGUUGGUAUGGCCAGCUCCCGGCCUCCCAAAUACCUCCUCGUCUUCGAUUUCGACGAGACCAUCAUCAAUGAGAACAGCGAUGACUCCAUCAUCCGGGCGGCACCGGGGCAGGCGCUGCCGGAGCACAUCCGACAGACCUUCCGCGAGGGCUUCUACAACGAGUACAUGCAGCGCGUCCUGGCGUACAUGGGGGACCAGGGGGUCAAGAUGGGGGACUUCAAGACUGUCUACGAGAACAUCCCCCUGUCCCCUGGCAUGCCAGAGCUCUUCCAGUUCCUCUCCAAGAACCACGAGCUCUUCGAGAUCAUCCUCAUCUCUGAUGCCAACAUGUUCGGCAUCGAAUGCAGUCUGAGGGCAGCCGGUUUCUACUCCCUUUUCCGCAAGAUCUUCAGCAACCCGUCUGGUUUUGACAAGAGGGGGUACUUCACCUUGGGGCCCUACCACAGCCAUAAGUGCCUUGACUGCCCGGCCAACAUGUGCAAACGCAAAAUCCUAACAGAGUACCUGGCGGAGAGAGCCCAGGAGGAGGUGGAGUUCGAGAGGGUCUUCUACGUGGGAGACGGUGCCAAUGACUUCUGCCCUUCCGCGACUUUGACUUCAGCUGAUGUGGCUUUCCCGCGGAAGGGCUACCCCAUGCACCGAAUGACCCAAGAGAUGGAGAAGCAGCAGCCUGGAGCCUUCCAGGCCACUGUUGUCCCCUGGGAGUCAGCCACAGAGGUCGCCCGCUAUCUCCAGGAGGUCCUCAAGAAGAAGUAUUGAGGCUGGCUCAGAAGAGACUUGCAUACUAUAAGCAGCUGGGAAAGGAGAAGACUGGCGGGGGGGGGUCGCACCGUGUACCCCACGCUCAUCGGCGCUGCUCGCUCAGCCCCCGCUCCCGGGUUACUUUCCUGCCUUUCCUCCCCAAGCUCCUUUCUCUCUGGCGAUUAAAGCACUUUCUCUAGGUCCUCCCUUCUCCUUCCCCUGCCAUGUUGAGAUGACGCCUUCUCUAUGCAGCUCGGACAUCUACUCCACCGUGGGUGUUUGCCAACACUAGUGGUGAUUUUCUUAUUGUUGGUUGUGGGUUUUCUUUUUUUCCUUUCUUUCCCUUUUGACUUUACAAGAGCAAUUCCUAAAAGACCAGAAGCCAGCUCCCCACGGGCUGGGCCCUGCACAUGCUUCCUCUUACCUUCAUCCCCCUCGCCUGCCUGACCUGCACCGGCCACGCCAGAAGCUGCGUGCUGUUGCCUUGAACCUGAUGCUUGAGGUCUCCUUGCCAUUUCGUGAGGCCACUGGAAAUUUAAUCUGGGAAAUUCGUGCUGCCUGAGCUCCCCAGUUUGCCCUUCACACCCUGCCUGAGCAGGGCAGCUCCUGGCUCAGCCGCUGAGCCUUGCGAUGGAGUAAAUUGUCCCUUGAGACUUUAUGCUCUGAAAAAAAACCAUGACGUGAGGGACAGGAAACCUUUUGGAAAGGUGGUACCUUGGAAAAAACCUUUAGUGCCCAUCCCCACCCACUUGCCCAGAGCAUGGGCACAGCGACCGCAUCCCGCUGCGGGGAGGAGGACCUGCCCUUGCCUUCCACUUCCAUCCUCUGCUUCUGCUUGCAGGGUAAAACGUCCCCCGUGUCCCCAGGGUGGACAGGUUCCUCCUCUCUCUAAGCCAUUACCAGUCACGUCCUUGUGUUUGCUGGAUCGUAUCGAAUUCCUUUUAACCCAGGGGUUGAUUUCCCUCCUGACCUCGUCGAGAGGUGCCAAACCUCCCCGCGGGAGGUGCGGUGCUGUGAGCACUUCUCCUGCCAUCGGGUCCCUGGAGGCCAAACCCCUGUUCCCCCGCCCCGCUGCAGUAUUAAUUGCCCCUUCUAAUUGCACUCUGCAGGGGGGGACCCACAGUAUUUGCUGCUCUCUGGUGUUGGCUUCUCCUGGAUUUAUCCACAGCCUUACCGGCCCCUGAGGGUGGCUCGUAAUUCCUCCAAAGCGUAGAAACCCUGACAGCAAAUCUGAGCAGUAAGGAAAUAACCAAAGCAGCCCUGAGUUGUUCCUCUGUUUCAUUUCCCCCGUCUUUGUUCUUCCUCCUCUGGACCCUCUUCAACUGUGUGGAACUUAAAGCCAUGGAAUUAAAAAAAUACAUAUAUAUGUAUAUAGAUAUAUAUCUAUAUAUUA